AUGGCGGAUCAAAAUAUCUCGCAGUAUAAGUACUCGGCGAUGUCCAACCUGGUUCUCCAGGCGGACCGUCGAUUCAUCAGCCGCGUCAAUGACGAGGCCACCGGAGACCCGGAGUCUCUCGCAGGUCGCAUCGGAAUCCGAGAGAUGGGCUCGCGAAUUGCCCGCGACGAUGCGCCGAAAUCGAAAAAGAAGGCCGUUGGGCCGUCCGACCUCGAGCGGGGCGCAAUCCACGAAGGCGAAGACGUGCUUAUGCGGGAACAGAAGAAACGCCAGCGCGGCCAGCCGGCACAACUACGAGGCCAGGGUAUUCUUUCCGCUGCGGAUGCCCUUGUCGAAGGCUUGAAAUAUCGCCCACGAACACCAGCUACGCGAGCCACUUAUGACCUUAUUCUUACGAUCACCGGAACCAACCUGGGCGAUGUCCCGCACGAAGUUGUCCGCAGCGCGGCCGAUGCCGUGUUGGAGUUGCUCAAGGACGAAGAAAUGAAGGAUUUCGAUAAGAAGAAGGAGAUUGACGAUCUUCUGGGCAGCUCAAUGAACCCGAAGGAGUUCAAUGAGUUGGUCAAUCUGGGCAAGAAAAUUACAGAUUACGAUGCCCAGGAUGAAGACGAAGAUAUGGAAGGCGGCUUGGACGAAGAAGGCGCUGAACUUGAUGAGCGCCAAGGUGUCGCUGUUGUCUUCGAUGAGGAAGAUGAGGACGACGAGCGUACGGGCACCGUGGACGAAAUCCGUGACGAGGAUUCCGAUGAAGAUGAGGCGGACGACCAAGAUCGACCUGACAUCUACGAGGGCGCCGCCGAAGAACCCGAAGAUGGCGACGAAAUGGUCAUUGACGGUGGGCUUGCCCGAGAGGAUAAGACCAAGGGUGAAACUGGGUUGAGUGUCGCAGCCCGCGAAAUCGAUGCCUACUGGUUACAGCGUCAAAUCGGUGAUGUGUAUAAUGAUGCUCACAUUCAGCAAGAAAAGACUCAAGAAGCGCUCGAGAUCCUCGGUGGAAAGACAGAGGACGGUUCCGAGAAAUCUUUACGUGACGCGGAGAACGACUUGAUGGAACUUUUCGACUAUGACCACCCCGACCUCGUCGCCAAAUUGGUUUCCAACCGCGACAAGGUUGUCUGGGUAACUCGCUGGAGACGGGUUGCAGAAGACACGAACGCGCGCAAUCUUCUGGAAAUCGAAAUGGUGGAGGCUGGACAUCGAGCUAUUCUGGACGAAAUUCGGGGCAAGACCGCCCGCGAUGACCUCGCUGAUCGCCCCGAGAAGAAAAUGAAGUUAGACUUGAUGGAUGUUGAUGUCCCCUCAGCUCCCGAAGCAGAGGAGAAACCCGUUGGGGAGAAUGGCCUUGUUGGUGGUCUGCAGCCAAAGCGACUGAUCAACCUCGAGAACCUGGUCUUCCACCAGGGUAACCAUCUCAUGACCAACCCUAACGUUAAGCUUCCUCAGGGCUCAACUAAGCGGACUUUCAAGGGCUAUGAGGAGAUCCACGUGCCGCCACCCCAGGCUAAGAAGCUGCCUGGUGAGAAGAACAUUCCGGCCACUGAGCUGCCCGAGUGGGCGCGCGUUGGCUUCGGAUCCGCUAAGGAGCUUAACCGCGUUCAGACCAAAUGCUUCCCAACCGCUUUCCAUGAUGACGGAAACAUGCUUGUCUGCGCACCUACAGGAUCCGGAAAAACUAACGUUGCUAUGCUAACCAUCCUGCGCGAAAUUGGCAAAAACCGCAACCCUGAGACAGGCGAGAUCAUGCUGGAUGACUUCAAGAUCAUUUAUAUUUCUCCCUUGAAGGCUCUUGUACAGGAGCAGGUCGGAAACCUUGGCAAGCGCCUUGAGCCUUAUGGAAUCCGCGUGGCCGAGCUUACUGGUGAUCGUCAACUCACCAAGCAGCAAAUUGCCGAUACCCAGAUCAUUGUCACCACACCCGAGAAGUUCGAUGUCAUCACGAGAAAAGCAUCUGAGACAAGCUACACUAACCUUGUUCGUCUUGUGGUGAUUGAUGAGAUUCACUUGCUCCACGAUGAGCGUGGUCCUGUCAUCGAGAGUAUUGUGAGCAGAACCAUCCGCCGUACCGAGCAGACUGGCGAGCCUGUGCGCAUUGUCGGUCUCAGUGCUACACUUCCCAAUUACCGCGAUGUUGCAAGCUUUCUUCGCGCGGAUCCCGAGAAGGGCGUGUUCCACUUCGAUGGCUCCUAUCGUCCUUGCCCCCUUAAGCAGGAGUUCAUUGGUGUCACCGACAAAAAAGCCAUCAAGCAACUCAAGACGAUGAACGACAUUUGUUACACCAAGGUCUUGGAACAAGUUGGUCAACGUCGAAACCAGAUGCUUAUCUUUGUUCACUCACGAAAAGAGACAGCUAAGACCGCCAAGUACAUCCGAGACAAGGCAGUUGAAAAUGAGACUAUCGGCCAGAUUCUUCGCAGUGAUGCUGCUAGCCGUGCAAUUCUGUCCGAGGAAGCCGAGUCCGUUGACGAUGCCUCUCUGAAGGAUCUUCUGCCUUAUGGUCUUGGUAUUCACCAUGCUGGGUUGAGUCUUGCGGAUCGUGACUCGGUUCAAGCUCUUUUCGCCGAUGGAAGUAUCCAGGUGCUCGUCUGUACUGCGACUCUGGCCUGGGGUGUUAAUCUUCCAGCCCAUACGGUCAUUAUCAAGGGAACCCAAGUCUACUCCCCCGAGAAGGGUAGCUGGGUCGAGUUGAGUCCGCAGGAUGUUCUCCAGAUGCUCGGACGUGCAGGUCGACCCCAAUAUGACACUUUCGGCGAAGGUAUUAUCAUUACUUCUCAAUCUGAGAUCCAAUACUACCUCUCGCUGCUGAACCAGCAAUUGCCGAUCGAAUCUCAGCUGGUGAGCAAGCUUGCGGACAACUUGAAUGCUGAAAUUGUCCUUGGCAACGUACGCACCCGUGAUGAAGGCGUGGAAUGGCUGGGCUACACCUACCUCUACGUUCGGAUGCUCCGCUCCCCCGGCCUUUACAGUGUUGGCGCCGACUAUGAAAAUGAUGAUGCUUUGGAGCAGAAGCGAGUUGAUCUCAUUCACUCUGCUGCUACCGUUCUUGAGAGAGCUGGCCUGGUCAAGUAUGAGAAGAAAACAGGUCGUGUUCAGUCGACCGAACUCGGACGGAUUUCUUCGCAUUAUUACAUUGGUCACAACUCGAUGCUUACCUACGCUCAACAUCUGCAACCUUCAAUUACCACUAUUGAGCUGUUCCGCAUCUUUGCUCUUAGUGAUGAGUUCAAGUAUAUCCCCGUUCGCCAGGAUGAGAAGCUGGAGCUUGGCAAGCUUCUGGGCCGAGUCCCAGUCCCUGUCAAGGAAACUAUUGACGAGCCUCAUGCGAAGAUCAACGUUUUGCUCCAGGCUUACAUCUCCCGUCUCAAGCUGGAUGGACUUGCACUGAUGGCAGACAUGGUCUACGUGACCCAGUCUGCUGGACGUAUCAUCCGUGCUCUUUUUGAAAUUUGCCUGAAGAAGGGUUGGUCUUCUGUUGCCAAGACUGCUCUCGAUCUGUGCAAGAUGGCAGAGAAGCGCAUGUGGCCGACCAUGUCUCCGCUGCGUCAAUUUCCACACUGCCCUCGAGACAUCCUCCAGAAGGCUGAGCGGAUUGACGUCCCCUGGGCUAGCUAUUUUGACCUAGAUCCUCCUCGCAUGGGCGAGCUCCUUGGCAUGCCCAAGGCGGGACGUGUUGUUUGCGACUUGGUCUCGAAGUUCCCGCGGCUCGACGUCCAAGCCCAAGUGCAACCUAUCACUCGCUCCAUGCUCCGCGUUGAAUUGACCAUCACCCCUAACUUUGUUUGGGAAGAUGCCGUGCAUGGUACUGCGCAAGACUUCUGGAUCCUGGUCGAAGAUUGUGAUGGAGAGGAGAUUCUUUUCCACGACCGCUUCCUGCUGCGACGCGAGUUUGCCAUGGCCGAGAUGAACGAGCACCUUGUUGAGUUCACUGUGCCCAUCACUGAGCCAAUGCCACCAAACUACUUCAUUUCUCUAGUGUCUGACCGCUGGAUGCAUUCCGAAACCAAAAUUGCCGUUUCGUUCCAGAAGUUGAUCCUUCCGGAGCGCUUCCCUCCUCACACCCCUUUGCUGGACAUGCAACGUGCGCCGGUGAAGGCCUUGAAGCGCGAGGAGUACCAGAAGCUGUACCCCGAUUGGGAGCACUUCAACAAGAUCCAGACCCAAGUCUUCAAAUCCGUUUUUGACACUGAUGACAACGUCUUCAUUGGUGCACCCACGGGAAGCGGUAAAACUGUCUGCGCCGAGUUGGCCUUGCUGCGCCAUUGGGCCAGCGAAAACAGUGGCCGCGCUGUUUACAUCGCUCCCUUCCAAGAGUUGGUUGAUCAACGCUUGGCUGACUGGGAGAAGAGACUGGGUAAUCUUGCAGGUGGUAAAACCAUUGUCAAGCUUACUGGAGAGACUACCGCCGAUCUGAAGCUGCUGGAACAAGCUGAUCUCGUUCUGGCCACGCCCGUUCAAUGGGACGUCUUGUCUCGCCAAUGGCAGAGACGUAAGAAUGUACAGACAGUGCAGCUGUUUAUCGCUGAUGAGCUCCACAUGCUUGGCGGCUACGGCGGUUACGUCUACGAGGUAGUCGUUUCUCGUAUGCACUAUAUGGCUUUGCAGACUGAGAAUGACAUGCGUAUCAUCGGUCUGAGCGUGCCGCUUUCUAAUGCUCGCGAUAUCGGCGAGUGGAUUGGCGCCAAUAAGCAUACCAUCUACAACUUCAGCCCUCAUGCUCGCCCCAUUCCUUUAGAACUUCACAUUCAGUCUUUCACGAUUCCCCACUUCCCCUCUCUUAUGGUCGCUAUGUCCAGGCCCGCCUAUCAAGCGAUCUUGUCAUUGUCACCUGAUAAGCCGGCCUUGGUCUUUGUACCUAGUCGCAAGCAGACUCGGUCCACCGCUAUGGAUCUCCUGGCCGCAUGUGCGAUGGAUGAUGAUGAGGAUCGAUUCUUGAACGCCGAUGUUGAGGAACUCGCACCUCUGCUUUCCCGUGUCCAGGAGCAGACACUUGCUACUUCGUUGACUCAUGGUAUUGGAUAUUACCACGAGGCUUUGAGCCAGACCGAUAAGCGUAUCGUCUCGCAUCUGUUCAGCAUCGGUGCCAUUCAGGUUCUUCUUGCCUCUCGCGAUGUAUGCUGGGAGUUGGAUCUAACAGCUCAUCUCGUUAUCGUAAUGAAUACUCAAUUCUUCGAUGGCCGUGAGCACCGCUACGUUGACUACCCCAUCAGCGAAAUCCUCCAGAUGUUCGGCAAGGCUUCUCGGCCGGGCGUUGACAAGAGUGGCCGUGGUGUUCUGAUGGUCCCAGCCGUGAAGCGCGAAUACUACAAGAAGUUCCUCAACGAGGCUUUGCCCGUGGAGAGUCACCUGCAAGUCUAUCUCCACGACGCAUUUGUUACGGAAUCCAGCACCCGGACUCUUUCUUCGACCCAGGAUGCUGUCGACUGGAUGACUUAUACUUACUUCUACCGCCGCCUCCUCGCCAACCCCAGUUUCUAUGGUCUCAGUGACGUGAGCCAUGAGGGCCUUAGCACCUUCUUGUCAGAACUCGUUGAGAACACGCUGAAGGAGUUGUCCGAGGCUAAGAUUAUCGACCUGGAUGAGGAGGAUGACAGUGUAUCUCCUCUGAACGCGGCCAUGAUCAGCGCCUACUACAACAUCUCCUUCAUCACCAUGCAGACCUUCCUACUGUCUCUCUCUGCUCGCACCAAGCUCAAGGGCAUUCUGGAGAUUGUGACCUCCGCUACGGAAUUCGAGUCCAUUCAAAUGCGUCGCCACGAGGAUCACAUCCUCCGCCGGGUUUAUGACCGUGUGCCAGUGAAGAUGUCCGAGCCUGCCUUCGAUUCACCGCACUUCAAGGCAUUCGUUCUUCUCCAGGCACACUUUUCGCGCAUGCAGCUACCGAUCGAUCUUGCCAAGGAUCAAGAAGACAUCAUCCGCAAGGUCCUCAACCUGCUCAGUGCCUGUGUAGACGUUCUAUCCUCGGAAGGUCACAUCAACGCCAUGAAUGCCAUGGAGUUGUCGCAGAUGGUGGUUCAAGCCAUGUGGGAUCGUGACAGCCCGCUGAAGCAGAUUCCUCACUUCUCUCCCGAGGUCAUCCAGGUGGCCAAGGAGUAUAAGUAUGUAUCAACCAGUCCUUGUUUACCGUCUGUUACUAAUAUUCAUGUUUGCAGUAUCAAUGACAUCUUCGAGUUCAUGGAUGCCAUGGACCCCUCGGAGAAUAAGGACUAUGCAUCUCUUGUCAAGCGUCUGGGUCUCAACAACAAGCAACUGGCACAGGCUGCCGCUUUUACCAACGACAAGUAUCCCAGCAUUGAGUUGGACUUUGAAGUCGAGGACCCAGAGAGCGUUACCUCUGGCGAACCCGCCUACCUUCAGGUUAAGAUUGAACGGGAAGUGGAAGAGGAUGAUGAGGUUGACACCGUUGUUCACGCGCCCUUCUAUCCUACCCAGAAGAUGGAGAACUGGUGGCUUGUCGUCGGCGAGGAGAAGACUAAAAAUUUGCUGGCCAUCAAGCGAGUUACCAUUGGUCGCAAGCUAGAGCUGCGCCUGGAAUAUGUGGUGCCCACUCCCGGUGAGCACGAGUUGACGCUUUACCUCAUGAGCGACAGUUAUGUUGGUGUUGAUCAAGCUCCUACUUUCACUGUGAAUGCGGCGGAAGGUAUAGAGGAGGAUGAGAGUGAAGAAGAAGAAGAGUAG